AUGCUCCCUUCUUUUUCUUCCUGGUGUUUCUGCUGCUGUGCUCGUGUGCAUUGGCAGGUGGAUCAGAGACACAAUCAAUGUGUCUGCUCCCCUCAGGCAUGUAGGACUGCUGGCGGUGACAUUCCUGCUUGUUCUCUGCCGCCAGAUGGGACUUUUAUCAGCACAGUUGGCGACUCAUCUGAUGGCCGUUGCUGUCCUUUGGCACUGGCUAGGUGCAGUUUAUAUUGGCAGUAUGCCCGCCUAUUCUGUACAUUUGUUCAUGACUGCCAUCACAUGUCGUUGGACUCCCCUUGUUUCCCAACUACUGCUGCUGCUCUGAUUUCAUCAAGUGGCGGUAGGGGAGGUUUCUCCAGGGUCUGCUUGUGCAUGUCGAACUCCCCAUUUUUCACAUUGCUGUCAAUUGAUGGCCGUGUAAAAAUACUCUGGGAUCGGCUUGUUGGCAUCCACAAGAAUGAUGCUGAAUGCUGCAUCUGCCUGAAGGUAAUUUCUUCAACAGUGUGGGUUUUUUGA